AUGCCGGACGACUUUUUGUGGUGAAAAUUUCGGCAAAUUUCGCCGCGUUUCUCGGGCUAAUUUCUGAAACAACCUCGCAUCUACAACCCUACGGAUCUGUAGAACCGCCCCGAGUAUAAUUUAGCGGUAUUGUACCGCGUAGUCUUGAGUUUUUGCCAAUUUUUUUAUCGGGGAUAGUGCGAGACGUCGUCGGUACGUACCCGACCAUGCCUCAAAGCAACGUGCUUCCUUUGUGGGGCAACGAUAAAACCAUGAAUCUGAACUCCUUAAUCCUCACCAACAUCCAGUCUUCUCCCUACUUCAAGAACGACUUGUUCCAGCUCAAGACGUACCACGAAGUCAUAGACGAGAUUUACUACAAGGUCCAACACCUUGAGCCAUGGGAGAAGGGCAGCCGGAACACGGGUGGACAGACUGGCAUGUGCGGGGGGGUGCGAGGUGUGGGAGCAGGAGGUAUUGUGUCCACAGCGUACUGCCUGCUGUACAAACUCUUCACCCUGAAGCUGACGAGGAAACAGGUGAACGGGCUGCUCCAACACGGAGACUCCCCCUACAUCCGAGGGCUCGGAUUCAUGUACAUCAGAUACACCCAACCCCCCGCGGACCUGUGGGAAUGGUACGAGCCAUACAUAGAUGAUGACGAGGAGUUAGAUGUGAAGGCAGGUACAGGCUGUGUGAUGACAGUAGGAGAGAUGCUGCGGAGCUUCCUGGGGAAGAUUGAGUGGUUCUCCACGCUGUUCCCCCGCAUCCCGGUACCCAUCCAGAAGGACCUGGAGGGGAAGCUGGCCUCCCGACCGUUGCUACGGAAACGCCCCGCCGCCCCCGAGGAGGAGGAGGAGGCUGCGGAACACAUCCCUGAUGAGGAGGUAUCGUGGGGCGAGGCCGAGCGCCGAUCACGGGCAAGGCGGAGCAGAUCUUCCAGCAGGGAUGCGCCGAAGCCGGCCUCCCGCACGUCCAGCCCAGCACAGAAGAGAAGAACAGACUUCGAGCGUGACCUGGACCGCGAGAGAGACCGCCAGCGCCGCGAGAAGGAACGCCCGCGCAGCCGCAGCUCCGACCGACCGCGGCAGCGAAGCCGCAGCAGGGAGAAAAAACGCAGCAAGAGCCAGGAGAAACACUCACCGAGCAAGGGCAGGGACAGCCGGAGGGACAGACGGCGGUCGCGAAGCAGGGAGCGCAGCAACAGGGACAGGAGGCGGUCACGCAGCCGAGACAAGAAGCAUUCCCGCAGCCAGGACCGGGACGGCGGCCGGCGCGACGCAGACCGGCGCAGCAGGGAGAGGAGGCACCGGUCACGCAGCCACGACCGCGCCGGCUCCAGGCACAAGGACGGCAGCGGCGGGCGCUCGGCGGAGUACAGAGACAUUUCCUCACGGAAGGAGAAGGAGGGGAAGAAGCCGAGGAAAGACCGGGAGUCGAGAGAGAGACACAGGGACAGGAAACGGAGCCGCUCACGAAGCAAGGAGCACUCCUCUCACAAACACAGCCGGGGGGACGACAAGCGAAACACGCACCACGACAACGAUGUAGAGGAAGGACAGUUAGAGGAGACUGUACAGAAUUCCAGCUAGGUUCUCCCCAACCCUGUUUAUAUACACUAGAGGUGAAGAUUAUUGUCCUAAGAAAAAUUGUACAGAGCCAUGGCAUACAGCAGUCCUUUCAUCAACUUGAUUGUUCUUCAUUUUGUUGGGAUUCAGCCAGGUGUGGUCUCUCAGUUAUAGGGUUACACAGACUGGAUUUUAUGGAUGACAUCUUUGCUUGCAUUGAUUUUUGCCUUGCUUGUCUCCUGAAAGCAAAAUCUCUUUGCGUGGUUAUGCUUGGGGGUUAAGAAGUCACAGCAGGCUCAUUGGUAUGCUAAGUCAUGAAAGGUACGGAAAGGCAAGUUCUAUUUCUCCCAUCUUAUGUCAUACAUGAAUCAAGUUUAUGUGAUCCAAAUUUUUCAAACAGAAACUUUUCAUGCUUGCAUUUUUUCAGCAAGUAAGGUUAGCAAACAACUGGCCUUUUGAGUCCAGGCUGCCCUACUAUCAUUGUUGAUCUCAGUGAUUUUUCACAUUUUAUUCUUUUGAGCCAUACCGCAAGCUAGCAUAGUCAGAUUAUGAUAGGUUUGAGUCCUACAAAUGACCAAAAUGUUGAAAGUUUUUCUGACAUGUAACCAGGAAGAAUCAAGUGCAAAGGGGAAACUCUGAAGAAAAGUGUUCUGUUGAAGUUUAGUCAGCACAAGACACCAUACCUCAUUGUUCGUAAGCUUUGAGUGUCUGUCAGGAGUGUCGAAAUGUGUAACUGUCUUUGUUAAUUCUUAACCUUCUCCCUGCUGCCUAGCCUGGUAAUCAACACAAACUUGGUGCAGAAAGGCUACCUUAGCAGGCUGAAGGUUAUGUUAGCCCUCUGAUGCCACAACCAGGCCAUUCCGUCUAUAAGUAUGUGAGGAAAUAUCCUUUUUUGUGAAAUGUACAGAUGUAGAUUUGGAGGGGCGAUGAAGGAAUAUAUCAAUGCGUUGUGUCAAGAAAUUGAACUGAAGGUAUAAAAAGCACAAUGAUGCAGCUUUAAACAUUCUGUACUUUUCUUGCCAUUUGCCCCGAUUUGUUAAGAACGGUCAAACAAACAAACAAACAAAUAGAAAAUACUUGUAAAUCAAGCAAUUGGAUAAAUUCUGAGGAGUUGGAUGUUUCAGGAAGUAUCUGUUAUAUUUGCAAGCCUUUGUCUUCUGUUUCCCCCCCAGUAGUCUGUUGUACAGCUGUAGAUUUUCUAGCUUAAGGUGAGAACA